GAAGUAUUGUGUAGACGCCCGUGUGAACCAGCAGCAGUACAGCACAGAAGGCGACGAGAGAUGUGAAAGAUGCACAGGGAGCGCCUCAUCUUCCUUCUCACCUACACGGUGAUUGUUGCCAUUUCUCUUUCCUUGGCUUUCAACAUCGACUUGACUGAGCCUGAUGUCUACGAUGGGGAUCCAAACGGCUUCUUUGGUUAUAAAGUACUUCAGGUCACGUCUGACAAGUCUAAAGGGAUAAUAGUCACCGCACCUCUGAGUGGAGCAGGAGAAAUAUGCAGACAAUGGAACAAACAAGCCACAUGCUUCACACCACAAGAUGUUUCUGUAGGAGCCACAACGGUACCAGUCAAGCACUUUGGAUUGUCUUUAGCGAAACACCCCACACGUUCUGAGUUUACGGUUUGCAGUCCGACUGUAGUCACUGAGUGUAACGAGAACUCCUAUAUGAACAGCGUGUGCUACAAGAUGACAGAUCAACUUCAGCAGAUCUCCAACUUCACUCCUAAUUUCGAAGACUGCACCAAAAAGAUGGUGAAUCUUGUCUUUCUAUUCGACGGCUCUCAAAGUAUGCUGGAAAAUGAGUUCAACAAAAAUAAGGAAUUCAUUGUGGAUGUAAUGGAAAGCCUUAAGAACACGUCAAUUAAGUUUGCAGCAGUUCAGUUCAGUUCAGACACCAGGACAGUUUUUACCUUUAAUGACUACACAGAGGGUAAGGCUCACACUCUGCUGAAGAAGGAAAAGCACAUGAGGAGACUCACCAACACGUACUCUGCCCUCAAAUUUGUGCUAGAGCAGCAUUUUGAAAACACAAAGUCAGGUGCCUCCCCUGAGGCAACUAAAGUUCUGGUGGUGAUCACAGAUGGAGAUCCAACUGAGAGCGACACUGGGAUUGUAGACAUAUACGAUUCCAAAAAAAUCAUCCGAUUUGUCAUUGGGGUAAAACAAGUGAGCCUGGAUAAAGUGAAGACCAUUGCAUCAGAACCAAAAGACAAGAAUGCCUUUCAGAUUGAAAACUACGACGGACUUACAGGCGUACUGGAAAACUUUCAAAAGAAGAUUUUUCUGACAGAAGGUUCUACAGCAGCUCUGGCUGGAGACUUGAAAGAAGAAAUGUCUCAGACUGGAUUCAGUUCCGUCUUCAACAAAGACACUUUGAUUCUGGGUUCGGUGGGUUCAAACACCUGGCGUGGCUCUCUCCAUGAACGUCGUCAACAAAGAGAAACACAUAUUAAAGAUCCACAAAUGGAAGAAGACUCCUACAUGGGAUAUUCGGUUUCCGUUGGAGAAAGGCAGAAGGUUUCUCUGUAUUUCGCUGGUGCACCAAGAUUCAACCACACAGGACAGGUUGUACUAUUCACCGCCGCUGGCAACAACUGGACCACAACCCAAAGAAUAAAUGGUGACCAGAUUGGGUCCUACUUUGGUGCAGAAGUGUGCUCCGUAGAUGUAAACUCCGAUGGGAACACUGAUUUCCUGCUGGUGGGCGCUCCACUGUUUUAUCAGGCUCAGGAGAAGAGAGAAGGGCAGAUAUACGUCUAUGCUUUGACUGAUAAGUUGGAACUGAUGAAUAAAUUGAAUGUGACUGCACCGUCAAUGGGAAGAUUUGGCACCACCAUAUCGAGUCUCGCGGAUCUCAAUGGAGAUGAACUCCGAGACGUUGCUGUUGGAGCGCCAAUGGAGAAUGAAAACAAAGGAGCUGUGUACAUUUACCUCGGUGACAGACGCAGAGGGAUACGAAACACUUAUAGUCAGAAAAUCAUGGGAGAGAAAUUUCAGCCUGGACUGAGAUUCUUUGGUCAGGCCAUAGAUGGGAGCAUUGACCUCGAUGACGACGGGCUCCCAGAUAUUGUUGUCGGAUCACGUGGCUCAGCAGUCGUCUUAAGGUCCAGGCCGGUGUUUAAUGUCGUGGCUCAUCUGUCUUUUGAACCAAAUGAAAUAAGCACUGAAGACUUUGACUGCGUGACCAAAUCAGAGGAGAGUUUCCCAAUGAUCACGUUAUCGGUCUGUUUUGUUAUGGUUGAAACCACCACGAGUGUUGCAGGAACUGUGAGCGGUGGACUGAACAUCUCCUACGUACUGGAUGUGGAUCCAAUGAGACAAACGUUUAGAGCAUUUUUCAGUGAAAGUGACGUGAAAAGCAGGAAUUUUACCUCCACUAAUGAGCUCCGACCGGGAGAGACCUGCUUCAACCACUCCAUUCACAUGCCAAAAUGUGUGAAAGACACAUUAUCACCCGUGGGCAUCAAACUCAACUUUUCACAAGAUGACAGUGAAACAGCAGCUGCUGUCCUGAACAUAGACAGCAAAGGGCAGGCACUGGUUGAGGUGCCCUUUGAAAAGAAGUGUAGAACCAAUGACAUCUGUAUUUCCGAGCUUGAAGUGGAUUUCAAUUUCAUGACUCCAGUAUUACUGGUGGCAGAACGUAACUACUUCAAUGUGACUAUGAGACUGUCCAACCACGGUGACGACGCCUACAACACCAGUCUGACAAUGCACUAUCCUCCAGGCCUGUCCUUCUCCAUGAUGUCUCUGGCAAAGACGACAGUAUCGAAGCCCCUCCACAGCUGUGAUGAUCUAGACGUCCUGGAUAAAACAAUAUGUCGCAUCAGCCGCCCCGUGUAUCGGAGCAAUUCCCAUGCUACAUUUGUGACUGAUUUCCUCAUCAUGACUAACUAUGAAUGGAACGACACAGUAUCACUGACCGUUAGCGCUAACAGUGAUAAUCCAAACUCAACCAGAGCUUCUGUGACCAAAACCAUCCCAGUUCAGUUUGAAAUUCAAAUGGCAGUGAUAAAGGCAGAAGACACAGUGUCUUAUCUGAACUUCACAUUAGAGGACAGUGCACCCAAAACAGUGGUUACAAAAUACAAGGUUGAUAAUCGUGGUUGGAAAUCUUUUCCUGUCAAUGUGACCCUGUUCUUUCCAACUAAACUAGAGCAUGACUUUGAAAUGAACAACUAUCAAGUCAUUGUUGAGAAGAAUAAAACUCAAUGCAGGGAAACUGACACUGAAACUGACAUGACAUCAGAGUAUUGCUCCCCUGAAAGAAAAUGCAGAUUCAUAGUGUGUGACAGUUUCAUGUUGGACAAAGAAUCAGAUGUUGAGUUUGUGUUAUCUGGAGAAGUGCAGUUUAAGGACCUCAAAGAGCAAGCAGCGAACAUACCAUUUCUGAAACGGUACACUGGAGAUGGCGGAGGGGUGAAAUUUAAAAGCUUCAUAUAUGUGACCUAUGACAAAGAAAAAUACGUGGGAGAAUCGGAUAAACAAGAGGGCAGGACCAAUGGAAGUGUCUUGUGGAAAGGCAACGAUCCAACCAUGUCAUGGACCGAAAUUCGGAUUGAGCUUAUUAUCGCACCUGAUCAGAUGCUGAUCAUUUCAACUGGAGCUGGACUGGGACUCUUACUUUUGAUCAUCAUCACCAUUAUCAUGUUUAAGCUCGGCUGCUUCAGGAGGAAAAUGCACGAGUACAUUCAAGAACAGGAGGAGGCAGAGGCUCAUGACGAGUUAAUGCCAAAUGUGGUCAUUCCAGGAAAACCUGAGGAGGAAAACAAGCUUCUUGUUGCUCCAGUUUCAGCUCCAGCACCGGCUGAUUCCGAGAAGGAAAAUGAGUGUGAAAAAAGUGAAGCUCUGGCUAUAAAGCUUGACUGAUGUGUUAAGAGCUUCAUGGAAGUGAGGUCAAGGUUCACUGACUGUAGAAACAGCUCAAAUAUUUGACCAAUUGUCUUUUUCAGGAAGUGUUUGGUCUUGUGUGUUCAUGUAAUCCUGGGAGGGUGGAAAAAAAUAGCUUUCCCCUCCUCAGCAUCAGAGGAGACUCCAAGUACAAACAAUGAAAGGCUCAAAGAAAGGCUGUAUAAAUAAGGUUUUCUUCUUAAUUAAAGUUAUGUUUCAUUCUUCGCUGUAGAUGCUGGAGUCACUCCAAACACACGUCAAACACAGUAUCAAAGUUAAAUACAACAUAUUUAGAUGACCCCUUUCGUAUUUUAUUUGCCAACAAAGCCAACAAAGUUAUUAAUGAGUAAAGUUAUUUUGUGACAUUUUAGUUUUAAUUGUUUUUCUUUUUUCACAAACGUUUAAUGUUAACACUGUACAGUUUGAAUUGGUGCUUAUUGGUUCCUUCCAAGUUUCUUUUAUAGUUUUAUUACAAUUAAGGGUAUAAGUAUACUAGUUACAAAUGAACAAAAACACACUUAAGAGGCUAAAGUUAAUGCAAUUUUAUAAAAGCAAUGUCAUAUUUAAGACUUUUGAAGCCCUACAAUUUUGAUGACUGAAAUUUUCGGCUUUUUGAAGACUCGGAGGAGCACUGGGUCUGGGUGUGUAUCGGCAAGAAUCUGGCGCUACGAUACAAAUCACAAUACUAGGAUUGCGAUACGAUAUAUCAUGAUACUGUUAAAAGUGUUGGUUUUUUUUAAUGAUUAUUUCC